CGAAUUGAUUGAAUAUAUUUUGUUUUAAGUAGUAUGUGUGUUGCUCGACAGUUUGCCGAGAGUAGUCUCAUAAUUGAAGCGUCUGGCCUGUAGACAUAACGUCCAUAUAAAUAGUAUUAUAAAAAUGGCGGGAAUACUAAAAAGUAUUGCCGAUUAUUACAAUUAUGUGAUAUACGAUUUAGCUGAUCCGAGAACAAAAGACUGGUGGGGUGUAUCUAGUCCGUUCACAGUGAUAGCUAUUGCAUCAGCAUACCUCUACUUCUGCCUGUCUUUGGGUCCUCGGCUGAUGAAAAACAGGCCAGCAUUCGAACUGAAGACUCUACUUAUGUUCUACAACAUCUUCCAAGUCCUGUUCAGUAUAUUCAUUGCUUAUGAGGGAGGUGUCUACGUAUUAUCCAGAGAAUUCAAUCUAGCAUGUGAUACAGUGGACUAUUCAGAUAGCCCUCGAGCACUUAGGGUAGCUGCAGCAACAUGGUUCUACUUCUUCGCGAAGUUCACGGAGCUCCUAGACACAGUAUUCUUCAUCUUACGGAAGAAAUACGACCAAGUCACCUUUCUCCAUGUAUACCAUCACACCUUAAUGUCAUUGGCUGUCUGGAUUGCGGUUAAAUAUUAUCCAGGUGGCCACACCACUUUGAUGGGUUUCCUGAACUCCGUCGUCCACGUAGUCAUGUACACUUACUACCUAAUCGCCGGACUCGGACCUCAGUACCAGAAGUAUGUGUGGUGGAAGAAGCAUGUCACUAAAAUGCAACUGACACAAUUCUCGAUCGUCUUCAUUCACAAUGUAUCAGUAUUCUUCUACGAGUGCAAUUUCCCAAAAUUUUUGAACCUUAUGUGCAUUGGCAACUGUGUUGCUUUCCUAUACAUGUUCGGGAAGUUCUACGUCGACAGAUAUAGAAAGAAUGUUAGGAACAAAUCAUUGCUGGAGAGCAAAAAACCUAAAACACCCGUAAAGAGCGAAUUGAACAACUUUGGAAUACAAAGAAAAGUUGCUGAGAAGACACGGUAAUAUAAAGCUACUUGCGUUAAUAAUAAGGAUGAAAAUGUAAAAUGUUUAUUACGAAUUAAUUGUAUAAUAAAAGACAAUAAAUGUAAGGGAUGUAUUUAUUAAUAU